AUUAAAAAACGAACACAGGAACUUCAUUUUUGUUUAUAUUUUUAUUGUUUAGUGUUUAGUCACUAAUCUGAAUUAUUGUGAAAAAAUCUUGAAACUAAUUUAUGUAAAAUGCCUGAAUUGUUAAGAUAUUCCAAACCGACAAAUCUUAGCGAUUUUGUGAUCAUAAUACCGUGUGUUUCUGUUGGAAAUGUUCCACAGUUAGCAGUAGACCUCCUCAUCAAAACCUACAAUUUAGAAAAAGUAGCUUCUGUAUGGCAUUCCUCGAUUGUUCCUACAGUCGGUGCUGAUCCUUAUAAUUGCAGUUCUUCAGAAAUAUGUACAGCGUGUGAAUUAUAUUCAAAUGAAGACUUGAAAAUUGCUUGUUUUCAACUGAGAUCAACCAUUGAAACCAAAACAGCAAGAAAGUUUUUCGAAGAUGUUUACAAUAGUUUAAAAGAAUUGAAAAUUAAAAAAGUUGUAGUUUUAUCCAGCGCUUUUGAUUAUGAAUUGCACAAUAUAAAGCAGGAAAGAUUUUACUUUUUGGGAAAAAGUCAAACUAAUCUAUCAAAUAUACCGAAUAUGAAAGAAUUGGAAAAAGGUGAUAAUAAUAAGUACUCAGUGAAUGGAGCAGGUUUUGCUAUUAAUUUAUACUCUGUCUUAUCUAGAAGUUUGGACUGUCUUUUACUAGGAAAGUAUAUCAGUGAGGGUGACAAUAGACCUGAUGCUCAAUCGUUGCUUGAAAAAGUGUUGUAUGUGACCAAUUUGCAACGAAUAUCAAAGAAUGUAGUAUAUCCUAGUUCUUGGGAUUAUGUUUUCGGCGCUCCACCUCCUAUUGGAAUAUAUUAAAUUGUAAUUGUUACAUUGAAAUAGUAAAUAUUUUAUAUUCUUA